AUGAUUAAAUUUAUUGCUAGAAAAAUAGAUCGAUCAACAUCAUUCAAUAAAAUAGAAUACAAAAAUGAACAAGAAUAUUAAUUGGAAUACCCUGUUAAUAUUCAAAAACAUCUAAUUAUGUCUGAAUAAGAAUAUAGUGAUGAUUAUUAAUUAUUGAAAUAAAAUCCUCCUGGAGUUAGUUUGAAAUUAAAUAUUGGAACACCAAAAAUUGAAACACCAUCAAAAUUACCAUAUGUCUUAGAUGAAAAUCAUUAAAGGUAUUCAUAAUAUAAUAAUAUUUAAGGUAAAAAGGUAGAAUGAAAUUCUAUGAUGAUGCCAAGAAAUAUGGAUUUUUAGUUCUUGAUGAAGAUGGAACAGAUGUAUUUAUUCACUAUGACGAUCUUUAAGCAGCAGGAAUUACAAUGGAAAAGAUGAAACUAUAUAAGAUUGUUCAUUAGUAUACAUUAUUCUUAAGAUUAGGAAUAAUCCUCAAUAUGUUAAAUUUACAAAAAAUGGAGGUCCUUACUUUGAAUUUACUCUAAUGAAUUAUAUGGGAAAAUAUAAUAAGAGUAGAAAAGCCAUAGAUCUUUAAUUAUUGAAUUAAAUUUGA